AUGCUCAUACUAGUUGAAAAUGCUGCUGGAUUUGCUCUUUUCCGAUAUAAUGGAGCGACCAUGGAUUUUCCUCAAACUAUAGCGCAACGCUUUGAAACAGCAGAAAAAGCAAAAAGAGCUGUUAAUCUCCAAUUUUUUCAUAAAUUUGCUGGUAUGGAUGAAGCUGUGGAAGCUUGUUCGGCCAUAGCAGAGAGUCGAAUAUCCUCAUCGCUUGACGAUUUUCUGAAAGAAUCAUUAUCUGAAGACAUUAAAAAAAGUGAGAAGUUGGUAGUAGCAGAACCCAAACUUGGAAAUGCAAUAAGUGAAAGAUAUGGAAUCCAAGUACUCGUAGAUGACAGGACUAUGAACUUUUACCGUGGAAUCCGCGAACAUAUGUCAGAUCUUCUCGGUACAAUUGCAGCUAAAGAGUUAUCAGACAUGAAACUUGGUCUGUCUCAUUCUACGUCAAGACACAACAUUCAAUUUUCGCCGGAUAAAGUUGAUACGAUGAUCAUACACGCCGUGGCAUUGAUUGACGAUUUAGACAAGGAGUUAAAUAGUUACACGAUGAGGUGUAAGGAGUGGUACGGAUAUCACUUUCCUGAGAUGAAAGACAUAGUCACUGACAGCUUGCAGUUUGCAAAGGUCGUUAAGGCAAUGGGCACUCGCACAUCAGCCCGCACAGCAGAUUUAUCCGAUAUUCUUGACGAAGAAACGAUUGCUCGACUUCGAGAUGCUGCUGAUACUUCAAUGGGUUCAGACAUCACGAUGGAAGAUGCUCUGAACAUUGAAUAUGCAUGCGAGCAAAUAAUAGCUCUUACCAACUACCGCACGGAACUACAGCAAUAUUUAUCUGCUAGAAUGGCAGCUAUUGCACCAAACGUGACACCGCUUGUAGGCGAUCUGGUUGGGGCAAGACUGAUUUCCCAUGCAGGCAGUUUGAUGAAUUUGGCCAAGUAUCCUUCAAGUACUGUACAGAUUUUAGGAGCCGAGAAGGCAUUGUUUAGAGCAUUAAAAACUAAGCGUGAAACACCAAAGUACGGAAUCAUAUAUCAUGCGAGCUUGGUUGGACAAGCGUCAGCUAAAAAUAAGGGAAAGGUUGCUCGAACUCUUGCCUCAAAGCUGGCAUUAUCUAUACGUGUUGAUGCAAUCGCAGAAGAAAAGGAUGAAGCAGGAGAACUUGGUAAAGCGAGUCGCGCCUAUCUUGAGAAGAGGGUGGGUCACUUGGAGGCACGGUUGACAAAUGCUAAGACCAAAGACAAGCCAAAAAAGAAAGAAGUAAAGUCCACAAAACCCAAAGAUGCUGGUUCAUAUAAUAUUUCUGGAGAUGUAGUUACUGCACGAGCAUCUAGCUCCAAAGAGAUUGACAAAGAUGAGAUGCAAGUAGACAAAUCAUCAUCUGCACCCGCUUCCUCAGAAGAAACAGACAAGAAGUCUACUAAGAAACGUAAACAACUUGGGGAGGCAGAGACAAAAUUAAGCAAGAAAGCGCGCUUCGUUUCUGGAAUCGCUUUACAGUUUCAAAAACGCAGGAAGGAUGCCACUCCAUUUCACCGCGAGGAUCCGGAGGAUGUCCCCAGCGACCAAAAGAAGGAAAAGGUCGUUUUGAUAAGAAAUUCUGAAGAUGAAGAAAUCGAGACUCGGGCAUUUUCUUCUCAGUGCACAAUUCGACUGUACACGGAAGGAUUAACAAACGCACUCCAGAAAAAAUCCAAUGAUCCUCUAGGCGUCUGUUUGAGAAAUAAUGACAUUGAGGCUGCUUAUGCAUUGUUCGAGUCUCACUUGCAAACAAUAAUUUCGGACACUAACGGUCUUCAACAGACCUCAUCCACUUCUCAUAAACAAGCUUUACCUUCGAAAAAUCUAACUCCGCUCGUCUCUAUAAUUACAGAGUUAAUGCGUCACGGUCAUACUGAAGUGGCCUGGAAAUGUUAUAAUACGCUCGCAUCUCAAAACAUUCCAUUAGGACUCGAGAAUGGGUUCAAGUUAAACGAAGAAAAUGCGACAUCCUAUAUUGAGGCAUUGGCAAGACAUAGCAUAUUUGAAGAAGCAAAGAGAGUGCUCAUGGAAGAGAUGAAAGAGUUGGGAUUGAAACCCUCACAAAAGACAUUGAGAGCAUUAUUGACUUACUUACAUGCUUGGGAGAAAAGAGAAGACGAAUUCGAAGUUAUUGAUUGGGUAAGGAGAGAGCAUCCUGAAUUAGCUAGUGAAUUAAGAUGGAUCCAAGAUAUAAAGUCAAUCAAAGAACUUGGAUGA